UCGGCCCGCGUACAGUUAAGCGUUUGGUCGCGUGCUAUCGACACGAAAAUGAUAAUAUAAUAUCCACUAUAUAAUAAAUUAUCAGGUGGUAAAGAUAAAUUAUCAAACGUAGCUAUGUGGCGUCCUGCGGUUGCCAGUGCCGGUUUAGACGCGACCGCGUUCCAUUUUUCAUUCGUGUUCUGUGCUUUGUGAUUUUGGCGCGAAAGUUUUUUUUUUUUAAUUUGCGAAAGUCGAAGCCAUGGAAAUGAAUUACACGGAUUGGACCACGGAGUUUCCCUCUACAACCGUGUCUAUGGUUGAGGAGGAGACGGGAGUGAGGUCCUGGCUGGUCGGUCUCGUUAUGAAGCAUGCGGCCGUCAAAGGCAGCUUCUGGCAGGGGUUCCUCGCGUCCCUCUCCGUCGUGAUCGUCUCUGAGCUCGGCGAUAAGACCUUCUUCAUAGCCGCCAUCAUGGCCAUGAAACACCCGCGAGUGAUAGUAUUCGCUGGUGCCAUAUCAGCUCUAGUUUUCAUGACGGUUUUGUCUGCUGCCUUUGGCUGGGUGGCCACUGUGAUACCCAGAGUGUACACGCAUUAUAUAAGUGCGGCGCUUUUUGCGAUAUUUGGUCUGAAAAUGCUCAGGGAUGGGUGGAAGAUGGACCCCAAUGAAGGUCAGGAGGAACUGGAUGAGGUGCAGAGCGAACUGAAGAGGAGGGAGGAUCAGGAGGACAAAGAAGAAACAGUUGAUAUGCUAGAGCAGGGUCAAGCGGAAAACAGAAGAAGGAAGCGUAAUGCUGUCCUGAAAGUUUUGCUUCAAGCUGCGUCUUUGACGUUUCUAGCGGAGUGGGGCGAUCGGUCGCAAUUGGCCACAGUGGUGUUGGCCACAAGAGAAGAUGUGUUUGGAGUAGUGGUCGGAGGGUCGUUGGGCCAUGCUCUGUGUACGGGGUUGGCCGUGAUUGGCGGUAGGAUGGUCGCGCAGAAGAUUAGUGUUCGGACUGUAACGAUAAUCGGCGGUAUAGUGUUCCUGUUUUUCGCCGUGAGCGCACUAAUAAUGGGCCCCGGCGAAUAGGGACUCUAUGUGCUCGUGAUAAGUGACAAUAUCGUAUGUAGAUAAUUAUUGUAUAGACUAUGUUUGGCACGUUUGUGCAGGAAUAUGACGAUUUUAAUAUGUAUUAGUAUUAGGGCUGAUUUUUCAAUCCUUGGUUAAA